AUGUGGCUCUGUGUCCAUAAGCAGGCAGUUGCCUUUGAUUUACAUCUCACCGACUACAUGACCGAGAUCCUGAAGCAGAACUCUGAGUCCACCAGCUUCCUCAAGGUCACAGCUGGAAUGUUGGGUGCCUGUGCCAAGAUCUACUCUGUGCAUGUGGACACGGUCCAUGCAGACGCCUACAAAGUCCUUGUGGGCUUGGGCAAGGACUCAGCACCUGCCAAGGGCCUGGACAGCCCAGGAGAAGAAGACAGUUCAGCUCCUGAGGCCAUCAAGAAAGUUCAGCCAAAGAAAAAAAGAGUCCUUCAAAACCUGAGCAUCAUCAAUGUGUCACAGGCCAAUUGCAGGCGUCAGGUGGAUCCCCUGUUCCAGAAAGCAGCAACAUCCUUUGAUGAGCUCAGCACCGCUGGGAUUUUCCUCACACGUCUGCACUCCCAGGACUUCCACUGUGAGCUCCAGUUUGAGCCCAGGAUUGUCCCUCUCCCUUCCUCGGAGACUCUCUCGCUGCCAAACUCAGAUCCCGUGAAAAUGAUGGAUUUAAAGUCCCUGCUGGCUCAGUGUGUUGAGAAACAUCCCAUCUACUCUUCCCUGGCUGGUUUCCAGUUCACAGAGUGGGAUGAGGAGUCCCAAGAGGAGUCAGCGUUGCUGGAUAAAAUUAAGGAGAGUGAGCACGUGUUUGACCCCAGCGUGGAGGUGGAGAGUGAUGGGGAGGGCUGUGCUCCCCUGCUGCCAGAGGAUGACUUCUUUUUGGAUUCCCCUGGGAGCAGAGCAGCAAAAAAGUUUGGGAAAUUCAUAGAUAACAUCAACUCCUUUGGAACAAUCAGCCAGAACCAAAGCAAGAGGACUGAUGGGGCUCUUUUUUGAGAGGGAGACAUUGAGACCAUGUGCCUUCACCUCUCCAUGAAUCCAGGGGAAUAUUCCAACUUCAGUCCCCACACUCUGUCCAUGUGGGCUGGCCCCCAGCCCUGGAGCUUCAAACUCCACACAUCCAAUGCCAACUCUGAAAAGGAGACCAGGAAAAGGAACGUGAAGAAAGUGCUUGAGCUGAACUUUGAGGAGAAUGUUGACUUUGAGGCCUAUUUCCAUAAGACCAAGGCAUCUGUAACUCUGGCCAAAUCAAUCCUGGAAAGUCAGAAGGUGAGGAGCACCAGGCUCCCUGCAGACUUCAGCUAUAACCCUCAGAACUUCCUCCAGCUGUUCCUCAAACCCCUUAUUAAGCUCAACAGGACAUCAGAGCCAGUCAUCACAUUGGAGAACAGAGCUGAGAAGGUGAAGAGAGAACAGCAGUGGCUCUGCUCCCAGCAGAUCCACUGCCCAUGA